AUGAUGAUCCUGACACCAUGGGACUGGCAGCAAACGGUGCGCCAAUGCUUCAGCAAUUAUAAUGUACUCAACAUGGAACAAGAUUUCCUACAAUUUAAUGCACUAUUUAAAGGAAAAAAUGCACCAUUCAUUCAUAGAAAACAAAAUGUUGAAAAAGAGAAAGUACUUCUUUCAUCUUCUGUUCACAUUCAAGUGCGACAGGAAAAUCCAGGUAUAAUUUAUUUAAAAUCAUCAUUUGAUAGCGAGUUUGACGCAGUUGACCUGAAUAGAAUAAAAAGGAGAAGUAGAAGAUUAGAGGAUAGUAAGGAUAAGUUUCUUACACAUCUACCAAUGAAGUCGGCAGUUUAA